AUGAUGCUGGACGAUGCCAGGGAGGAGGAGGACGGCGGCGACGGUGGAAACGAGGGAGGAGGGAUGAAGACCAAGGGCAAGGCUAACGUCUUCGCCUACACGGCGGCCGUGUCCGCCUGCGGAAAGGCCGGUCGCUGGGAGGAGGCCGUGGGUCUGCUGGACAUAUUAGACCUUAUGCACGCGUGUGAAGCCAGAGCUCAGCCCGCGGACAACCCUCCAGGGAUCAACGGGGCUCUUGAGGGGGGCCGUGAAUCGGUCGGGGGCGACGCAGAUUGGGGUCCCGACGGAGGUUCGUCGUCGGGGUUGGUGCAGGCGUACAACCACGUGAUUCGCGCCUGCGGGGCCGCCGGCGGCACCGAGUUUGUCCUCGCGCUGCUGCAAGAAAUGCACCGGCGGGGGGUUCCGCCGGAUGCAGCGAGCUACUCGGGGGCGAUCAUCGCCUGCGAUCUGGCCGGCAUGUGGCGUGAGGCCGUUGGCCUCCUGGACGACAUGCGAGAAAAAACGGGCGUGGAGCCGGACCUGGUGUGCUACAACUGCGCCGUUAAGGCGUGCGGCAGCAGCGGGGAAUUCGAGCAAGCGCUGAGCAUCGUAGAGACGAUGGGAGAACGCGGUGUUGCGCCUGAUGAGAGCACCUACAGCAACGCCAUCACGGCGUGCGGCAACGCUGGCAAAGCCAAGAGAGCGGUAGGACUGCUCCAGGCGAUGAAAGACGACGGUGUGCCCGCGGGGCUAGUCGCCCACAACGCCGCGAUUGGUGCGUGCGACAAGGCCGGAGAGUUCUCGCUCGUGCUCUCGGUGUUGAAGGACAUGAGGUCGGCCGGGAUUCGACCCGACGCCAUUAGCUACGCCGGAGCCAUAAGCUCCUGCGACAAGGCCGGAGAGUGGCGUCUCACCCUCGGGCUGUACGAUCAGAUGGUGGCCGACAUGGCUGCGGACUCUUCCGCUUCGUCGGCCGGCGACUCCGAGGCGGGAGCUCAUCAACGAAGAAAGGGCGAGAGUGGGGUUUCCUCUCGCACCGAAGGCGUUUCGAAGGGGCCGGGGGUGCUGCUACCGCCUCCCCGGGCCACGGUGGCCGCCCUCACUGCUUGCGCGAGGGGGGGGCAGUGGGAAAAGGCCGUGGGUAUCCUUCGUGAUGUGCAGAACAAAAGCGGCGGGCUGGAGGCCGACCGCAGCGGCAGCGGUGAUGGCUCCAGCGUCGGUGGCCGCAGCGGGGCUUGGACGUACUUUGGUCAGGCGUCGUCUCUGGCCUUCAAUGCGGCUCUGGUUGCUUGCGCCAAGGGAGCUGAAAUGGAGGCGGCGGAGGGGCGAGAGGGCGGCUGGCGGGAGGCCCUCGAGGUCCUGGACAUGGUGGGUCCUUGUCCGGAUCUGACGGGCUAUGGCCUUGCCAUCACGGCCUGCGGCUUCGCCAACAACGUGGACGCGUGCGUGGGGCUGCUGGGCGAGAUGCUCCGGAGGGACAUGACGCCGACGCUCGCGGACUACCACGGCUCGCUCCGCGCUUGCGCCGCGCGCAGAAGGGACGACGCUGCCCAAGAAAUCUUGGAUUCGAUGGGCUCGGAGGGGGUAGAGCCGGACGCAAGGUGCUACCGCUUCGCGGCAGAGGCGUUCGGAAAAUCAGGGGACGGAAACGACGCAUCCCCUGAAGCAGAACAUUUCUCCAAGAUCGCCGAACGAUUGGAGCUGGAAGCGGCAGGGACAGUUCCGAGAAGACACGGCGGCAGCGGUGGCGGUGGCGAUGGGGCUAUUAGCGGUGGCCUUGAUGAGGCUCUGAGCGACAUGGGUAUGUCCGGGACUGCGGGGCUUGAGGAGUUGCUGGCAAAAGCGGGGGAUGCCGAAUUCAGGAGCGUGGGGCGCGAUGAAGAGAUGACAUGA